GCUAGUCACAAAUUAAAUAAAAUAUUUUUCAAUAUUCGCCUUUUUUUAUUUUACACUUCAGAAAUUUUCCCUGAGUGUUCAGAAAAUAUCUCGUGCGUUAUUCUUCCCAACAUUCAAAUCUUCUUCCACACGCACUUUUGAUCGACAAUCCGACAUCCGCACUUUCCAGAUGAGGUUAAGUCUGGCAGUAUUUCCAAGGGUUGCCAUGUUGGACAGUGAAGUUUUUGACAAUUGCACUCCUCAGAAAUUUCCUUUUUUCUAAAAAAUUGUAAUUUGUGAUUUUUCUUCACUGCAUUCAUGAAUUUUCUAGUUUAUCCAUCGUGAGAACCUUUUAGUGGUGCGCGGUGGAUACGGUGUGAGUGGUAGAGUGAAGGUCCGACUUCUCUGCGGACAAUUUUCAGCAACUCCCUGCCCGGAUUAGUUUUCAGUAAUUGUGUAUUGUUAUGGUAAAAACGCGUUGAAAAUCGGAAGAUAAAGGCUUUUUCAGACGAAAAAACAUUACAAAAGUGUUUCAGUGGCAUCAAGGAUGAUAUAUUGAUACUAUUCUUUGCCGCGAAUACAAUGGUUCACCGUGUUUCGAGCAAGGAUGACAUUACUGCAAGUUCAUCUGGCACACGUUUACCUAAAGCACGACCGAGGAAAAGGGAAAGCAGAACCGUGACAAAGACUGUGUCGAGUACAUCAAAUCGGAGCAGCAAAAAUACAUUAGCAGUUGAGAAGGAUGAAAAUGGUGGCGAGGGGAAAGAUGAUUCGGGAUGGACAACGAAAUCAAGAGGACGAAGCAGCAAGGGAUGUGUUCAAGUGUUAUUGGAAGAGCCUUCUGCGAGAAGUGUGCCAUCAGUGGUGGUGGAGAAAGUGAUGCAAAAAGCAUCUUCGGAAGGAAUGGACAAAGAAAAUGAAGAAGAAAAUGUAAGGAGUAGUGAAGUUGAAAGUGAAUCGAGUGACGAAGAAGAUUCCGAUGGUGACACCGAUGAUAAUGUGUCAAUAUCAAAUCUAAUGAGAAAGCAGAAAUGUGAUUUAGAUGAUUGUGUAUCUGAUGGAGUGGCAAAAGCUUUGCACGUUCGUUGUAGUCUUCCACUCCAUCGACUUUCACAUGGUGUUGUGGAGACGCUCACAAAUGGUGGAAAUAGAUCCAAGUAUUCGGGGGAGCCAAGCAAUGGAAAUAAAUUUCUCUGUCUUUUUUGUGAUCGCUCCUUUGUCAGCUACGAAAUUCGUUCUAAACAUGCUGACAGACUUCACAGAUCAGUUGCAGGACGUCGUGCGAGUGCACGUAAUGUGAUGAAUGUUAUGCAAACAGAAUUUGCGGGUUGUCCUUUCUGCAACAACGCAAAAAUCUUUUCUGGUUUCGCCACAGAUCUCGUGGGAUUCUUUCAUCACAUGAUUGAAAAGCAUAGUGAUCGAUACUUUGGCUGUCGAGAAUGUAGUAUCCGGUUGUCCACAAGUGAGGCGUUCCAGAAGCACCGAGAAAGUGUUCACAACAUUAUUCCGGGGGGAGUGCGUGAGACCCCAAAUUUAGGUGAGGUUGAUUUUGAAGACAGUAUUCUCGCAAGUUCCAUUUCCAAGCUGCCCGCGCCGAAAACAAGUGUGGACACAGCUGAGAAUGGAAGCCAUCAAGGACGUAAGAUGAUGACUCGCCUGUCGAAGAUGAAUAAAAAGCAUCAACUGCUGCGAAAUGAAGAACCAAUGCUUUCUCGACUCGGUGUAGCACAGAAUCGAUCACCACGCACACGAAUGGGUAGUAAAGGACGUGUACAGAUUGAUUUACGGAGUGCACCGGAAGCAAGCAGUUGUACAUCAGGACGUAUUAGUCGCUCGAAAAGUGGACGUACAACUAAUACUAGUGGAGGUGGAACCGGUGCAAAUGAAAGUGGAGAUUUUGGCGCCAAUGCCAAUGCAAAAUCAUCUGGAAGCAAGGAGAUACUCAGCAGUAACUUUGAUGAUGACUUUUAUGAAACGGUGAGCGUCAAUGUGAGGAAAAAUCUCAGUUGUUACCUUGAUGGAAAAAUUGGAAGUGAUCCAGAGAAUCCGAGUGUCUACACACGGUUUGCUGAAGCAGUUCCUACUGUUCCCAGCACCGUCGUGAGAAGUUCUUACAUGACUGAUAAUGAGAUUCAUGAGGCCACCUCUCUGAGUGCCAUCACGGCGUUUCCCACCCUUCUCACAGCCGAACAAUAUGGCACAGAGUGUGUGUCUCCCAACAAAAAUAAACGCACUAUCACAAAAAAUUCGUGGAAAUGGAAAUGGGAUUUUGUAAAAAAGUACAAGUAUGUGAAUGAAGGUGGAAAAAUUGUGAAAAAGGUGAAGCAGCAAACGUCAGGAUUAAGAGACUUGUCUAAGCUUGACAUGUGGACUCAGCUCACGAUGCGCACAAAGCAUGAAAUUGUACAAAGAAGUGGUAGUGAUGAUAAGGACGAACGUCAAGUGGACACGGGUGAUGUGGCACGUGAAGAGAAAAGAAAAAUCAUUGAGCAACUGAAUACAAUUCUCGACACUAGACUUCUGCCGCAGAUUGUACUAGAACAAAAUGACCAAAGACUGAUCAAAGUGGAGCCUAUGGACAGCUCUGAGGAGCUAACGGAUUCAGUAGUACCAUCAGUGUCCACGAUUAAUGAGCGGGUUUUGAAUGAGGAGGACAAUUUUGUGGCGACACUGAAUCUCCAGAGGAGCAACAGUGAGAGCGCGGAGAAAAGUCGUGAUGUGAUUCUUAGUGGUGAGUGGGCGAGACCACGUUGUUACGUGUGCUUUGGAUGUGGUGCGAAAUUCGAGACAAUCAAGUCCCUGGAAGAACACAAAAACAACCGCCACCCUCACGUGUACUCCACUCAUUAUGAAAUUGUGGGCCGUGAACUCAUUGAGGGUGAAUUAUACAAACACUUCUUCAUUCCCACCAAGGCCUUACGACGAAAAACAGAGUUUUUGCGUCAGGUGAGCAGUGACGACAGUGGCACUGUUGAGGACUCCAUGGAUAGUACAACAUCUUGUACUAUAUCAACUAAAUGUGAUAGCUUUGACACGGACACAAACUCACGAAUGUCCAACAAAUUCGCUGAGGUGACAGUGUGCACAAAGUGUAAGAAAGAAUGCACAGGAAUGAUGGAUCUCUAUCGGCAUAUGCUCGAUUGCGUUGGUGACUAUGCAUGGCUCAUCGCAAAGAGACGCUUGAGACAUCGAUACUAUGGCAAUCGCUCGCGACGCCGCAGAGCAAAUGCUAAACUUCUCAGAUUUGGAUGCUUAAGAACACCGAAACCCCCUAAAACGCCUGAAAAUCGUGCCAUACCCACACAGAGGAAGCAAUCCCCGCAGACACCACGUACUCGUCCCAGUGACGCGGAUUCCAUUCAGCGAAUGCUGGCAAAUCUACCGGCCAAACGAUCAUCACGAAGUGUUCACCCCGCCAAACCCUUACCUAUGAGACGAAGGAAAUUAAUAGCAAGUGCUACUACAACUAAGUUUACAAAACGUAAUACCAGAACCUCAAUAUUGGCAGCAAAGUCCUCAACAUUGCUUUUGAGGUCAAAGAACAAAUCUGAGGGAAGUAAGCCAAUUUCCAAACACCGUCAACAAUCUGAGAGAGUGACAAGAAGUGGAAAUACUAAAGCUACCCUAAGGAAAAUUGGUAAUCCUAAAAGAGUGACACGAUCUUCACAUUCUCCCAACACUCAUGACGUUCAACUUGAGGGAGUGACAACGCGAAAUAAAACAAAACACUUUGCAACACCCGUUCAAAAGGGUGCCAAGACAAUUCUAAACAAAUUGUCGAAGAAAUAUUCUAAAUCCCAAACAAAGGCACCAACGACAGAGAAAGAUACCAGGCGUUCCAAAAAUCCUUCAACAUCUUUAAUAUCAAAGAAAAGCAGAAAGGUUGGAGAAAAUUAUGAGAAUGGUCAGAAGAAUGGCAAGACAAAAAAGAUAAAAGCUAAUCCAAAAGCAGACAACAGCAAAAAGAAUGUUAUACCAACUGAGAAAGAGGAGCCUUUUUUAGAACAAGUCAACACGAGCGACCAAGACGAUCUUGUCGAGAUAAAGGAUAUUAUGGAUUCUAUCAUAGAUCGUGCUUCUGUUGCUUUUGAAUCUGAAGACAAGGAAAAUGAGAGUAUUCCGAGUACAGUCACAUCGACUCCGUCGAUCUCAUUAGAAGUAAAAACUUUUGAAACACCUGUACACCAGAAAACCACAGAUCAUCAUUCAUUGGUGUCUCCAACAAGUGCAACACCAGGAAAGAAGAGAAUUCGUAAAUUGACAGAUUGUAUCGCUCGUCUCACUGAUAAAAUCCAAGAGAAGUUUGGAAUACCAUUUCUGGAUAAUACUACAAAUAAUAUUCUUGCCAAACCUGCCAUAGACACUGAGUGUGCAACAAUAUCUUCAACCACAGAAGAAGUACAGCUGAAUAAUAAUAAGAAAAGUCAAUUGAUAGACCCCAAAUCAAAAGACGAUGAUAUCGUUCAUGACACACAAAUUACUCAAGUCUCACAGAAGGAUCACAAGUCAUUGGAAGAAGAGAUUAUUAUUAAAAGUGAUCCAAUUGUAGUAGUAAAUUGUGCAUCCGCUUCUAAGGAGAUCAACAAAGUUUUAUCUACAGUUACUAUAACUCCAGAAAUACAUCCUGAAGUUGCAAAAUCCUAUUCAUCGGUAUCAGUUAUACAGCGUGAAGAAGUCACCGACGUGCCAUUGAAUUUAACAGUGAGGAAGCCCAUUGAAGACCCUAAAAACUCACAGCCUAUUUGUCUGGUAAAACAUCCGGAAAUUCUGAAAAUCCCUGUAGUGGCUGGUCAUAUUGGAGGUCGUAUUCAUCCUGGUGAAAUCGAUUGUAAUGUAGUGAUUGACUUGAGUACCAAAUCAGCUAGAACGAUUUCUCAUGGCACAUCAAAGAAUGCAGAAAAAAUUAAUCUUCCUCCGCAAAUGGAAGUUCUUGCUAAUACGCAAGCAAAUUCUGACAUUAUAAGCCAUUCACAAAAUAAUGUAAUAACUCAGUGCAGCGAAAUAUCUAUCCAAACAAGGACUAGUGAAAUAUUGCAUCAACCGCGUUGCAGCGAUGUUAUCAGUCAUCCUCGAAGUACCGAGAUUUUAAAACAACCACGACCGGAAUUAAUAGCGAAGCGUGUUAAUCCCAUCAUUCAAAUUCCACAAGUACCCUUAAAAAAUGUGAAACCUAAACAGAAAAGAAAACCACGUGCUAAGGCAGCAAAAACAUCUAAAACAGGAAAGGAUUUAAAUGUGGACAUAAAAUCAAGUGAAAUAUGUGAAAAUACAGCGGAAAAGAACAAAAAUUAUAACAAUAAUAUUCCAAAUGUAUCACAAGUGAAUUCUGCUCCUGCUACGAAAGCUUCAGAUUCUGCUUCAAUAACGUCAGAUGCCAAACUACAAUCUCUAAUUGUUGCAAAAAGCACGGAUUUAAUAAGUAGACCAGCAGUUUUAAAUGAUAUAACACCAACAGAAGACAAAAUGGCAAGCAGUGGCAACGAAAAUUCAGCAGUGGGGGCAAUAGACACCGCCGAAAAACAAAUCAAGAGUACAGAAAAUGAUAAUUUAAAAUCGAAUUCUCAAGAGAUUUCAGGACAGAAAGAACAAUUAUCAGAUGUAUUGGCAAAAGAGGUGGAAGAUGCCAAUCAAAGUGGUGAGGUGAAUAUUGCAAUUGAUGAACAACAAAUACUGAAAGGGAAGAAAUCUCCUAAAGUAACGAAAGGUGAAAAGUUUGUGUUACUCAACAAGGAACAUAAAGAAAAAGCGCAGGAUAAGCCGCUAAUACAGGUAGAGAAAACCACCUCAAAUAAAAGAAAAGUUACAAUUCUUCAAAAUACUAAAGGAAAGAAUAAAGCGAAAUCUGUAAAAUCUGAAAUUUUAAAUGAAACGACAGUUGAAAAUACAGUUGCAAAGAAUGUAACUAAGAACAAACCUAAAGGAAAAAUUCUGAAAUCUGAGAGUAUUAAUCAGAAGGAAAUUAGAUCAACUGCAAUUAAAAAACGAAAAAACUUGGGAACAAUUGAGAUUGUUGAUAGCAACAUUGAGGACGCCGCUGCAGCCGUGAUAAAGACAGGAGAUAUACAAAUUAAGAGGAGGUUAGAGAUUGUUAUUGAGGACGUUCUUAAAAGCGGCCCCAAGAAAAUUCAGAAUCCCAAUACCAAAGGAAAUGUUGAGGUUGCUGUUGAAAUAGUUAAAUUAGAUUUAUCACUUGCAGAUGAUACAAGAAAAUCUAAUGAAGAAUGUAAGAAAUUGAGUGAUUUCGACAAAAUAUCUGUAAAGGCAGCAACCAAGAAUAUUGAAACACUACAAAAUGAAGGAUUAUCUGUAGCAGUGUCUGAAAAAUUGACUAAUAUAAAUUCCAUGCCUAAAAACGGAGUCAGCGAUUUGAAAAACAAUGGUCCACAAAUCCGUAAUGAAGAUAAACUGACCGCAUCAUCCACACCAGAUAAAGAUAUAUCUGAAAGAAAGAGACAUGAGGAACAAAUGGAAGAUUCUACAAACACAGACAUCCAGAAAGUUCCAAUCAUGCAGGGAAAAGCUAAAAAAGAGUCAAAAGCAAAAGGAAAACGAAAUAAAAAUAAAAUAUGCGAUGACAUACUUGCGAAAGGAUCUCAAAGAGUGGUUGUUUCUGGCGAGAGAGAUACAGUUAAUAAGCCUAUUGUUACAGAAGAACAAUUUAAAGAAAGUGAUUCACUUAAAGCAGCACAUGUAUCCAAUAAAGGAGAAGAAGUCACAACCAAAACGGCUGCAAAAGGCAGAAACAAGGUUCAACCAAAAAUUAAGAAGGUUGAAAAAACAGUCAACAUUGUUAAAUCAGCACUUGAUCAUGGAGAAAAAUUACAAUCGACUGCAAAGCCAAGAAGGAAGGAAAAAAUUGAAAAGACUGUAUUAGAAACGAAAACCAAUGAUGAUGAAUUAGAAGUUUACAAUACUGUUGAACCCUCGAAUCAGAUAAAAACUCUUGCAGAUGCUUUUGAUACACAUCCAGAAGAAGUUAAAGACUUUUCCAACCCCGACAAAGAACAUUCUCUAAAUACAGGAGAAAAAUCCAAACCAGCUCAGAAGCCUAGGAAAAAGAGAAAAAACGAAUUGGCAGCAAUAAUAGCGGAUCAACUAAUGGAGAGCUUCAAAGAAGUAGAUAAAUCAAGAAUUGAUGAGUUGAAGAUUCUUCAUGAUUUAACUUGUGAUGCUAAUUCAAAUGGCGAUGAGUUGUUGGUGUCUAAUGCGAUGGAAAUGGUAACAACGACCAAGAGGAAAGUGACUAAUAAAUCUAACUUCAGUGAUUCUAUUCCGAAUGUUUCUGCCAAGAAGGCUUCUAAGGAAAUUGCCACUGAAAUUACAACUCCUAAAAUUCUAAAGAAUGAAAUUGCAAGUCAAUUUUAUACGCCCUCGGGGCCCUCCGUGAAUGUAGAAACCCAACAACUUGUAGAUGUGCCUGCAAAACCCAAAAAGACGUCCCAAAGUCAGCUUUCAGAACCUUCCAAGAUGAAGAUAAUUUCCAAGGAAAAGAAGGAUGCAGUUAUGAGCAAUUUAUUGAAAAAAUUAGAUGACAACGGCGAAGAAAACACAGAAGAUUCAUCGAACAUAUCAUCUGCAACUUCUAAGAGUUUUUUGAGUAAAAAGAAGAAAAGUUCAUCUAUAGGUCAAAAGAAAAUUGCAUCAACUGAUAUGGAAAUCAAUUCUGAAAAUGAGAUGGCAAAAGCUUCUUUGCAGGAAGUGAAUGAUCGAGUGGCGGAUUCAUUAAAUCUUCUGGCUGUAAUGGACAUGAACACCCAGAAAAGUGUUGAGACUCAUAAUAUUGAGAGCGAUAAAACUAUGAAAUCUACAGAUUGGGUGAGUCGUGUUGUUUCCCUACCCAAAACGUCAACUGAAAAUAACAGUAAAACAGUUCUGUCGACAUCUGCGAAACCCAAAUUCAUUUUAAAACCAUCACGUCUUCAAGCACUUAAAACGACUAUACCUGAUCUUUUUGAUGAAGUGAAAAAUGACAUCGUGAAUGAAGAUUCAACUCAUAUAGAGACGGAUAUUGAGAAAAAAAAUGGAGAGAAUGUAGAAACAGUGGCAAAACUCGUGGAUAAAAUUCGAGAAUCUACAAAUCAAUCUGAUUCUGAUGAUGACACCUGCCUGGCUGAAAUUGCUAAGAGUCUGAAUAACAGAAUUCUUACUUCGGAUGAAUUUACAAAUGUGGCUGAUACUCUUCCUGUAGCAGAAACUCCGAGUGAAAAUCUCAAUCAUUUAAUUAAUUUGACUUCCCAGAACAGAUUGAAUAUAGAGUCAAAUACCGAUGCAGUAGAAGUGGAUGUGGAAAUGGAAGAUGGCAUGAGUGUCUUCACAUCUGCUUCGAUGGAUUCUGGAAUUACAGCAAGUGGUACAAAAGGGGGACCUCAAAAAAUAUCUGUUGUCAAAAAAAGAAAAAUGCGAAGAUCAGUACUUUACAAGUCCAAAAAGCCCAAAGCCAGCAAGAAUACCAUCACUUCAAAUACAGAGCCCAUGUCAUUCUUCUGUGAUAUCUGCAAAAAGGACUUUUCACGGCAAGAUCGUCUUACCAAGCACAAAAUGACAAUUACACACAUAGCAAAAUUGUCAGAACAGGAAUUUCUUGAUGCCCAGAAAAAUCGAAUGGCUGAGGAAAAGGAAAAUGAGUCACAAAAUGUGGAGAACGUUAACAAAACUCCAAUCACAGAAGAGAAGAAGGACAAUGAUGUAGAUGAGAAGGUACAAGAAAUAGAGGAGAACAAGAUUCUUUCUCGAAAUCCCGUGCAAUAUGGAAUUGAACCAAUUUCUUCGCCUGAAUUGGUACAAGUUCCGCCAUCGAUGGAUCGUUAUCCAUCUCCUGUGCGAUCUAUCAAUCCAGGAACACCACGACUCAAUCUCAGUCAGGAGGAGAAGCUCUUCUAUGAGUGCUGCAACAUGUUGAAGGGCUCAAAUAGAAUCGGAGCUCAAUCUGAAAAUAAAUCUCUAACACCGAAAUCGAAUGAGCAGUCAACAAACUGUUUUGGAGGAAGUCAUAAUGCGGUGUACUGUGUUAAAUCUCCGAUGUCUCAUCGUCGAAGCAGUCCUAAACAUGCAUAUCCCAAGAUUGAUAAUAAUCAAUUUAGUGAUAUUUCAUCAGAUUCCAAUCCAAUGUUUUCACGACCAACCAAAUUCGCUCAAUCAAAGGGAGUAUUUGAAGAUGCUGAUUCUGUGAAUAAUCAACUCUCUGGCUUCUUGGCAACUGCUGAGAAAUUCCUCAGUGGCGCUGCCUCGACGUCCAAUUCUAUCUUCUAUAAUGACAAGCUCAUAGAAAGCACUCCGCCCAUAAGUGGAGCCAACCCAAAAGAGCCUAGCCCCACUGGAAGAUCAUACUCUGAAUCUUUCUCCGACAUGGGGGAUAGUUUUCCCUCGUCUCAAGAUGCUAGUGAGAGUGAACAUUACGCGCAAACCAUUUUAGAUCGCUCAGGAAGCAAUAAGGCGAUGGAGAGCGAAGUAUUGGUGAAGGAAGGAAAUGAUUCAUUGGAUCGAAGCAGAAAACUUGUCAAUGAUAAACAUUUAUCAGAGAGAUCUAUCGGAUCACCUAUAAACUCCCGAGCGUCUUCUCAGUGUUCUUCUGUAUCUAAAGUCCGCACAAAGGGUGCUAUGAAAGGAUAUGAUAGCUUCAAAGUCUCUAUACCUACAAAUGGUCUUGACUUGCAACAGGCUCUUGUGAGAAAUCCUCAUGUGAAUUCAAAAUUGGCCACUCUAGCUGAUAUUGCACUGAGUACAGAUAUCCCGGUUAUUACUAAAGAUGCAGUGUCAUCCAAACAGGAGGAUUCUAUCAAACCCUGUGAGUUUCCUGUCCCUGUUGAAGAGUCUGCGGAAAUAGAAAAUUUAUCGAAAAAUGCGAAAGUCAAGAAGACUAAAGAUGAUGUUGGUAAUAGAUUGGGAUUUAGAGCGAAGAAGAGGACUUCAAAUAAGGACUUAAAGGAUAAAGUUGACUCUGGAAGGGGUGAUAAAGCAUUGGAGAAAAACCCCUUAGAUGUGUAUGAAUUUGAAGAAUCAAAAGAUUCUGUUGAUACACCAAUUCUCCCACUCUCCAAGAGAACAAUCUUCAGGCCAAAUACCGAAUUAGAUUCGACAAAGAAUCCCCAAACGGAGAAAGUGUCAGGAGUGGAAAAAAAUAAGAACCCGGAGGCAGAAGACAAUGCUAGCCAAAUGUCAUCGACGAGUUUCUCUGAUCGAGAUGACUUUAACUAUAAUUCCAAUUUGAGUGAUAGUGAUUCUGAAAUUCCUUCCGCAUCUCCCAAAUUACCAGCAGCACCGGGAGUUGUGAAAAAGACAAAAAAAUUACCAGAUCCAGCACAAAAGAAAUCACUUAUUAUGGGGAGAAUCUUCAGAAAUGCCCAGAAGAAUCGACCAACAAACGAUGUAAAAACCACUUCCUAUGAAAGUGAGAAUUCGAAAAAACCUUUCCUUCAAAAGCAAGAGUUGGACAAACUCUUUGAUAGUCUCAAAAGUGAUGUAAAUAGUGAAGACAAGGAUGAAGCAAUUGAAGAGCCACAGAAAUUUGAAGAAGAAAAUGAAUCAAAUACAGAUAGUGUGGGGCGUUCAAAGAAGUCUUCCACAUCGGCAGAAGCUCGUCGAUCAUCUGCCAAUAGAAAAUCUCGUGAAUUGGCGAUGUUUGAAGCUGAAUGGGGAAUGUCUCUGGAGCAAAUUGAAGAGAUUAUUGGAAUUGGAAAGAGAAAGAGUCAGCGAAAGUGUGCUGUUGGAAAACAGAAAAUCUUGGCGGAGACGUGGAGCUCAGACGAGUAUGAGGAAUUUCAGUCUACCAAGGAUAUAAUAGCACUGAUCCAGGAGAAAGAAUUGAAAUCUAGUCAGCGGGCAUUGCGUAAUCAACGACGACGAGAGAGUCAGAGAAAUCAAACUGUGCGUUCUCAGGAUAACACAAAAGUGGAUCAUAUUGAGGAAUUGGGUGCAGAAACUUGGGAUGUUCGUCGUGCACUUGGACUGGAGUAUAAGAAGGCUCGUGGGAGUAAAAAAGCUGUCCGAAUAGCAGGUGGGAGUGACGUGGAGACCUCACAAAAAACGCAAAAUCCACCAGAAAGGCCAGCAAAAAUAAAGAAACGUCGUCAGACAUUUGCUUUUCAUGCAACUGAGCCAUCGCCAGAGAGAGAUAUUCCCAUAAGGAAUGCUGGUAAACGGAGGGGAUCUGCUAUUAUGCGAGGCUCUACGUCGGACGGAGAGUCUGGUGGGAGGAAGCCAAAAAAGGUGAAAUUCCCAGAGUCUUCGAAGGAUAAAGAUGACGCAACAUGGACCCCAUCGCGUCCAAUGGCGCGUAGCAAGAGAGUGGCCUCCGAGAUGCUGUACUAUUGGUCGUCAUCCAGUGAUGACGAAUUUGGGCGCAUCAACAACAGUCGUGACGACGAUGAUGACUUAUCACAGGACGGAGAGGUUCUGCAGCAGCAUGGAUGGAUUGUUGGAGAUUCUCAUAAGAAACUUGUGACACUCUUAGCGCACGCAAAGGGUAAGAAGACAGAGGAAUGCAGUGUAAAGGAGACCUCAAGUGGAAAUAACAAGAAGAAGUCCUAAUUUUAGAAUCAUGCAUACUAAAAAUACAGUGGCAUGCAAGAGUUUCAAAAUAAUGGUAUUUUUGUACGAAUGAUAUGUUAUGCGCCGAUUUUUUUUUAAAUUGCAUUUAAGAAUGGCCCUACUCUUUCUACCCUACCAAUUUCUAGGGAGUAUAAUGUAUAAAACAACGUUUGUGUUCUUAUAAAAUUACCUUCUAGGACUGAUUUCCAAUAUCAUAUUAUAUUCUUUAACAUAAUUAAAUACCAUUCCUUUUUAAUAUAUGAACGUACAUACACCCAAAUAAAUUACAUGAACCUGCCCUGAACUUUUUAGAGUUCUCUAAAUAGUCUGAAUUUUUUUUUAAUCUGUAACUGCGCAAAUAAUCCAUGUAGAAUCUUUCUUUUAUUAAGCAUAUCCAGAAUGAAAAAUAUUCUUGUAUAGAACUUUGAAAACAGCGUUUCGAUACUCUUGCUAACCACUGUAAAAUAUAUACGGACACAUUUCAUGAAUUAGAUUGAAUCUUUGAGUAAAGCUAAGUUCAAAAUUACAGUAAUAUUGUAAUUGUAAAGAAUUUUGAUGAUCGAUAAACACUAAACGUGUUUAACUGUCAUUUGUGUAAUACACUCUCUGUGUAGGAUAAUGAAAGUAUAUAAACAUUACUACGUAUUGUAAUUAAUAAUGAAUACAAUGUUAAUUUUCAUCAAUAUUAAAUAGUAGGGGAAGAAUACUUUGAAAAGAACAUUGAAUAGUAAAAGAUAUUCUCUAUAUAGAAAUAGAUUGAAUAAAAUGGCCAUUUGUAAAAAAUAAAACAGCAUAUGAUAGAUGUAUGUAAAACUAAAAUCUUUAAUUUGUGAUAGUUUUAGGGGAAAGAGUUUUAAAAUAAGAGAAAACAUUAACAAAUGCAAAGUGUGAGUAUCGAAGAAAGUAGUUUAAAAGGAAAACUGCCAUAAUCAUGAUUUUUAGAAAAAUAGAGAAAAAAUAUAAGAAAAUGCACUGAAUUAUGUAUGUAUUAAAAAAAAUUUUUGUCCUAAUCUUGUUUGCAAUUAUAUUUUUGGGGAUAAAAAGCAAGAUAAGAGGAAAGUCUAAGUGAAGAUAAAAGGUACCAAUUGAAAUAUAUAUAUAUAAAUCAUAUUUUAGUAGCAUUGACAUUAGACAUUAGAUGUUAAUUUCUAGGGAAAGAGAAAAAAAUGAAUAUGACGGAAAUGUAUUUUAUUUAUGUUUUCCUAUCGUUUUUUGUACAUAAAGUCUUUCUUGAAAGUAUCAAUCGCAAGCGCAAGGCUAAUAUUAUUUCACAAGAAAUGUAAGUGAAAAAGCUAAACAUAAAUGGUUAUAUGUAGUUGAGGUUCAGAAACAAUACACCGCCUAAAUUUUGUUCAAAUUGAUAAAAGAUCAUUGAACAAAUAUUUAUUUGGUGAAUAUGAGACAAGAAAUAGAAUUAUUGAUGCUAGAAUAAAUGAACAUAAAAAUAUUUCUACCAAUUUUACCAAAAUAAAUUGUAUGUUUUGCAAUAAAUCAAAUUAUAUAAUGAGAAAUGGAAACACAUAACAUUGUAUGAGUGAAUCUAUAAAAGAGGAAUAAAUAUGAAAAAUCAUUGAA